AUGGCAGGGGGAGACCCCCAAGCCAGGGAGGGGGCGCGUUUCCAGGAGGUCUGCGGCUCUGCUCUUCCUUUGCAUCCAGGCGCUGCUUCCUCGCUUGGCCCCACACUUGGGGCAGGAUCUCACCGGUCAUGGGGGAUUAUGAUGGGCUCACUCACCCUUCCCCUUAUGCCUCACUUCCCUGGGUCCUAAAUGCCAUUGGAACUGAGAAGAUUGAUACAACGAUGCGAUGCGACUUCUUAUGAAUUUCUAAAGUUUAAUAAUAUGUAGCUGUUUCAAAGUAUGGAUCCAAGGGUAUGUGGCAGAAUAGUAAUGCGGAACCUCCAUCUCCCUUGCGGCUAGUCUGGAUAAGAUUUGGGCUCCUUGGGGCAGAGUCCUUGGCACAGAUAGAGGAGGUGGGAGGGGGCAACCCCUUGAGCGCUGGCGCAGAAGCGGGGAAACUGCAGGAAAGGAGGGGGAGGGGUGCCCUCGGCUUGCCAAUGGUUAAAAGCUGCAGAGCUGCAUUCCUAGAGAGGACAGGAAGUGGAGGCUGAGAGUGGGCAAGGUCCUCCAAGUCCAAAUUCCCUCCCUCCCACAUCCCUUCCUGCAGGCUGAGAGGAGGCUGCUUUCUUCUCUCUCCUUUGCAAAACUUCCUAGGUGCCCCUCCUGGAAUCCGGACCCUGCAGCUUGUUUUGGCUCCUUGACUCCUCAGGAAGGAUGAAAGAGCCUGAUCCUGCAAAGCUAGCGAGGGCGGAAGGGGGAAGAUGGACGGUUGACCUGGUCAGGUUGUCUCCUGCAUCCCUCCUCUCAACCUCUGAGCGCUCCCUCCCAGGGACCUCCAAGAGAUCUGAUGGUGAUGAAUUGGAAGGGAAGAAAAAGGGGGACCACAACAGAAUCCACAUAGUGGAGAAGUCAAAAAAAUAUUCAGAGUAUGCAGACAACACCCAUCAGAGCUCCCAGUCCACCUCCCAUCAAAGAAAGAGCUUCGUUCAGAGGGAUAGCCUCACAUCACACAAAAGAACAAAAAGUAGGGAGAAACCAUAUCAGUGCAGAGAAUGUGGAAAGAGCUUCAGUCAAAAGGGCAGUCUCACUUACCAUCAAAGAAUUCAUACAGGGGAGAAACCCUAUCAGUGCUUGGAGUGUGGGAGGAGCUUCAGUCAGAGCUCCAACCUCACUUCCCAUCAAAGAACUCAUACAGGGGAGAAACCCUAUCAGUGUAUGGAAUGUGGAAAGCGCUUCAGUCACAGUAAUACUCUCACUUUGCAUCACAGAAUUCAUACAGGGGAGAAACCCUAUCUGUGCUUGGAAUGUGGAAAGAGCUUCAGUUGGAGAACCCAGCUUACUUCCCAUCAAAUAACUCAUACAGGGGAGAAACCCUAUCAGUGCUUGGAGUGUGGGAAGAGCUUCAGUCAGAGCUCCAACCUCACUUCCCAUCAAAGAACUCAUACAGGGGAGAAACCCUAUCAGUGUAUGGAAUGUGGAAAGAGCUUCAGUCAGAGCUCCAAACUCACUUCCCAUCAAAGAGUUCAUACAGGGACGAAACCCUAUCAGUGCUUGGAAUGUGGAAAGAGCUUCAGUCAGAAGGGCAAUCUCAUUUCCCAUCAAAGAACUCAUACAGGUCGUAAACCCUAUCAGUGCUUGGAAUGUGGAAAGAGCUUCAGUCACAGUAAUACUCUCACUUUGCAUCACAGAAUUCAUACAGGGGAGAAACCCUAUCUGUGCUUGGAAUGUGGAAAGAGCUUCAGUUGGAGAACCCAGCUUACUUCCCAUCAAAGAACUCAUACAGGGGAGAAACCCUAUCAGUGCUUGGAGUGUGGGAAGAGCUUCAGUCAGAGCUCCAACCUCACUUCCCAUCAAAGAACUCAUACAGGAGAGAAACCCUAUCAGUGUAUGGAAUGUGGAAAGAGCUUCAGUCAGAGCUCCAAACUCACUUCCCAUCAAAGAGUUCAUACAGGGACACAACCCUAUCAGUGCUUGGAAUGUGGGAAGAGCUUCACUCACAGUAAUGCUCUCACUUUGCAUCACAGAAUUCAUACAGAUCAGAAACCCUAUCAGUGCUUAGAAUGCGGAAAGAGCUUCAGUCAGAGCUCCAAACUCACUUCCCAUCAAAGAGUUCAUACAGGGACGAAACCCUAUCAGUGCUUGGAAUGUGGGAAGAGCUUCACUCACAGUAAUGCUCUCACUUUGCAUCACAGAAUUCAUACAGGGGAGAAACCCUAUCAGUGCUUGGAAUGUGGAAAGAGCUUCUGUCAGAAGGGCAAUCUGAUUUCCCAUCAAAGAACUCAUACAGGUCAGAAACCCUACCAGUGCUUGGAAUGUGGAAAGAGCUUCAGUCACAGUAAUGCUCUCACUUUGCAUCACAGAAUUCAUACAGGUCAGAAACCCUAUCAGUGCUUCGAAUGUGGAAAGAGCUUCAUUAAUAGCUCCCAUCUCACUUCCCAUCAAAGAGUUCAUACAGGGGUGAAACCCUAUCAGUGCUUCGAAUGUGGAAAGAGCUUCAGUCACAGUAGUGCUCUCACUUUGCAUCACAGAAUUCAUACAGGUCAGAAACCCUAUCAGUGCUUGGAAUGUGGAAAGAGCUUCAUUAAUAGCUCCAAACUCACUUCCCAUCAAAGAGUUCAUACAGGGGUGAAACCCUAUCAGUGCUUGGAAUGUGGGAAGAGCUUCACUCACAGUAAUGCUCUCACUUUGCAUCACAGAAUUCAUACAGGGGAGAAACCCUAUCAGUGCUUAGAAUGUGGAAAGAGCUUCAGUCAGAAGGGCAAUCUCACUUCCCAUCAAAGAAUUCAUACAGGGGAGAAACCCUAUCAGAAUACAGAAUACUCACAGAAUACAGAGGGGAAACCCAAAAAGAAACACAAUAAAACAAAAAAUACUAAACAACACUUAUAAAACACAGUUCUAUAGAAAAAAGAAAGGCGGGAAAGAAUAAAAUACCCUUUAUCACAUUUGUAUCAUAUAUAUCAUAUACUUCAUCAACCCAUAGAAAGGCAGGCUCCCUCAGCUCUCCCCUGGGUGCCCCCCUCUUCUCCCCUUCUCCCACCCUGAGAGAUCCUUCCCUGUGUUCCUUGCAGGUCCCUCCCACCUCCAACUGACCUCUUCCAGUGUGUGUUCUUCUUAAUUCAACAAGGAAUCUUGAUAUAAAACAUACAGAAAGUACAGUGGUCCCUCGACUUACGAACCACUUGACAUCCGAAGGUUUCGACUUAACGAACGGGAAAAGUGUCCGCACGCUUUCUAAUUUUCCGACAUCCGAACGGAAACCAUUGGCGGUUUUAGAUGCGGUUUCCUCAACUUACGAAUUUUUCUGAAUUCCGCCCCCCCCAUGCAUUCCUAUGGGAAACUCCUUUUUUUGACUUACGAACUUUUCUUUUUUUCUUUUUCUUUUUUAAAAAAACACCUUUAUUUCAAAGAUUUAAACAAAUCUUCAUCGAUACAAACAAAAUAUACGGUACUAAACAAACAAAGCCGAAAUCGUACAUACCAAAAUCAUGUCUCAAAACAUAUUUCAACUCCGCUAAUAAACGAUACUUCCAACCCUUUCCAUUAUAUCUGGUUCCUUUUAUUCUUGUUUCUCACAGGUUUGUUUAUGUUGACUUAAUUCUUUUAUUCUUUUCCUUAUUUCCUCUUUUUUAUUUUAUUUUGUUUAUUUUGUAC